UGCGCGCACUCCCUCGCGGGCGAGCUACUUUCGGACAAGGAAAGUGAGGGCGGCCCCGGGUGACAGCGCGGCGGCGCCAGUCCCGGGAAGCCGCGUCUGUUCGCGUGUCGCCCGUCGCGCUGCCAGCGGCGCACUGCCCAGACCCCGCCAUGGCUUCGACCACCACCUGCACCCGGUUCACCGACGAGUAUCAGCUCUUCGAGGAGCUCGGAAAGGGGGCAUUCUCAGUGGUGAGAAGAUGUAUGAAGAUCCCUACUGGACAGGAGUAUGCUGCCAAAAUUAUCAACACCAAAAAGCUUUCUGCUAGGGAUCACCAGAAACUGGAAAGGGAAGCUAGAAUCUGCCGUCUUUUGAAGCACCCCAAUAUUGUGAGACUUCAUGACAGUAUAUCGGAAGAGGGCUUUCAUUACUUGGUGUUUGACUUAGUGACUGGAGGUGAACUCUUUGAAGACAUAGUGGCACGAGAGUACUACAGCGAAGCUGAUGCCAGUCAUUGUAUACAACAGAUUCUAGAGAGUGUAAAUCAUUGUCACCUAAAUGGCAUAGUUCACAGGGACCUGAAGCCUGAGAAUUUGCUUUUAGCUAGCAAAUCCAAAGGAGCAGCUGUGAAACUGGCGGACUUUGGCUUAGCCAUCGAAGUUCAAGGCGACCAGCAGGCGUGGUUUGGUUUCGCUGGCACACCUGGCUAUCUUUCUCCAGAAGUCCUGCGUAAAGAUCCUUAUGGAAAACCAGUGGAUAUGUGGGCAUGCGGUGUCAUCCUCUACAUCUUGCUGGUGGGGUACCCACCCUUCUGGGAUGAAGACCAGCAUAGACUGUAUCAGCAGAUCAAGGCUGGAGCUUAUGAUUUUCCAUCACCAGAAUGGGACACAGUGACUCCUGAAGCCAAAGACCUUAUCAACAAAAUGCUUACCAUCAACCCUGCCAAACGCAUCACAGCCUCUGAGGCUCUGAAACACCCAUGGAUCUGUCAACGUUCUACUGUGGCUUCCAUGAUGCACAGGCAGGAGACCGUAGACUGCUUGAAGAAAUUCAAUGCUAGACGGAAACUGAAGGGUGCCAUCUUGACAACUAUGCUGGCUACGAGAAAUUUUUCAGCAGCCAAGAGUCUGUUGAAGAAACCCGAUGGAGUAAAGAUAAACAACAAAGCCAACGUGGUAACCAGCCCCAAAGAAAAUAUUCCUACCCCGGCGCUGGAGCCCCAAACUACUGUAAUCCACAACCCUGACGGAAACAAGGAGUCAACUGAGAGCUCCAACACCACGAUUGAGGAUGAAGACGUGAAAGCACGAAAGCAGGAGAUCAUCAAAGUCACCGAGCAGCUGAUUGAAGCUAUCAACAAUGGGGACUUCGAAGCUUACACAAAAAUCUGCGAUCCAGGCCUCACUGCCUUUGAACCUGAAGCUUUGGGCAACUUAGUGGAAGGGAUGGACUUUCACAGAUUCUACUUUGAAAACGCUUUGUCCAAAAGCAAUAAACCAAUCCACACUAUCAUCCUGAACCCUCACGUGCAUCUGGUGGGAGACGACGCAGCCUGCAUCGCAUACAUCCGGCUCACACAAUACAUGGACGGCAGUGGAAUGCCAAAGACGAUGCAGUCGGAAGAGACGCGCGUGUGGCACCGCCGUGAUGGGAAGUGGCAGAAUGUUCACUUUCAUCGUUCGGGGUCACCCACAGUACCCAUCAAGCCACCCUGUAUUCCAAAUGGGAAAGAAAACUCAGGAAGCUCCUCUUUGUGGCAAAACAUCUGAAAACCAUUCACAUUUGGGUCUUCUAACUGUCAACAGUGCCACUUCUGCGUUCUGUUCUCACGGCACCUGGCGGGAAACCCUGGGACGUCCUCUCCUCCUCUUCAUGCAUGUUUCUGAUGCAUGAAGUUGUGAAGGUUCUCCAUGUAAUGCACAUGUGACCCAUCAUCAUAUCAUAUAUUCCUUCCUAUGCGUUCUUUAACUGGCUACUGGAUGGGACGCUCCAUGCAAACUUAAAUCACCGUUGGCAAACCAUAGAGGGAGGUCAGACGAGAAAAUUUCACAAUAUUCCAAGUUCAACUGAUCCAUCAGGUUUCUCUGUUUAUGCCAAGAUUUAGAAGGUUUCAUUAAAAUUAUUGUUCUCGGAAUGACUGUGAGAGAAAAGUAAAUCUUUUUAAAACGCUGCCAUUAAUCUUUUGGAGCUUUUUGUUGGGAUUUUGGGUUUUUUUUUUCUUGUUGUUUGUUUUUAAGGCUAAUAUGUAUGUACCUUUAGUUCCUGGUGUGAUCCUGGUAGAAAUGAAUGCUUUUCUCUGAAAGUGUUGGUGUUGUGUAAAUGGAGUGGUUAGGUGGGCAGAAUCUUGUGUGAUUGCAGGGGCAAGAAUCAGUUGGUGUUCUACCAUCAAAGCCAUGUUAAUUUGAGUCAAACUGAAUACUGGGAAACAUUAACAUCAUUUACAAGUUUGAUUGCUUUCAGAUAAGCACAAUUCUGGUGAACACUUGACACUGAUUUUGCUUUUUUUCUUUCUCAAAUUCUGUUGUUUUCGUUUUGUAAUAUUUGUUUUAAUUUCUCUCUCUCUCUCUCAUCUGUUGGUCUGUCUGUCUUUCUGUAGCUGGUAAUGUGUAAAAAUAACAGUAAAAUUUGCAUAUGAAAGUAAAAAUAGAAAUCAAGGUCUUUUGGAGGAAGCUAAAACUAGCACUUCCUGUCUUUUCAGGGCCCGCAGAGUUGUUAUUUUAAAUAAAGGUUUUUAAUUCAGCUUAGGCCACCACUUGUGCAUAGGUAUCCCACUAGGUUAAAAGCAUUGGGAGUGUUGAGACUUGCGCUGACAGCAGUAAGAACCUGCAACAAUGUCCUGGUUCUCUAUUGACUAGGUACAUCAUCUGAAGACCAAGUUGAGGGUGACCAGGGUGAUAUGCAGAGCACUUGCUUGGACCUGGUGGCAUGUGAGUGCCUUGACUGCCUGGCUCUCUCUAGCUAGUACCGUGAGGGAUAUUCUUCAUUCUCCAUCGUGUUUGAACUUGAUCUUUAUGACGUGUGCAGUCCUAGCUUCUCUCUUGAGUCACAGUGUCAACUUCCUGCCAGGAGCUAGGGGUUUUCCAGAUUAAAGCCAAGAGGAACAGGAAAUGCCCACGUUUUCUUUGUGGUUCUCAUUUGGUCUUUGUUGAUUCAGUCCCGGUGAGGCUGUUUCCCCACCCCGAAAUGCUUUGUGGUGCAUGGACUCUCCAUCAGCAUUGAACAACCGUAGCUACUCACAGUCCUCAGAAGCCUAUUUUUAAAGCGGAAGCAAACAGCAAAAAGAAAACACACCCCCUACCCUCUUUUUUCUCAUUUCACCUUUUGGUCUUGAUUGCUAAUCACUUUAGAUAUUGUUGCUAGUGAAUGUAUGGUAGAUGGGUUGAAGCUUUUUCUGAUAAUUACAUGAUUUAAAACAAUAUAUAUUUAAAAUGAAUAUAUACAGUAAAUGUAUUGAGCCGUGUUAACCUGCCAAUGAGAUCUGUGAAAAACGUAAUAGCCUCACUUUUCCCUUUUUAAUUUCUUUUAUCUUUCUGUGAAGCAGCUAUACGUGGCAUACAUGUAUUUAAAGACACAAAUAGUGGUAGGAUUUUUUUUUCUCUUUUUGUACACUUUGAACUUAGCAUGUGGUGUUGAAGUAUUACAUAGAUCCAGUCUGUCUUCUGCACUAAGAUGCGAGGAAAUUGUGACUUGCUCUCUCCAGCACAGUGGAAUCACACGUUCAUCACCUUCCAUUGUUUGGAAAAUACUGCAGUUUACCAUGGGACACUGUAUAUAUUUCUUGCCAUAAUGGUAAAUGACUGAUUGAUAUAUUUAAGAGUUAAUAAAUUUGUGAUUUCUGCUGA